UGUGAUUUUUAUCUGAACUAAAUUAGCACACCAGUAUGUUUCUCAAGUGGUCAAUCUUGCUUAUUGGUUUGAUAUGUGUCCAAAAAAUUUCUGGACACGGUAUGAUGUUGGAACCUCCAAACAGGAGUUCCCUGUGGAGGUUCCCACAGGAUUUCCCUGGAGCAAUCCCGAACUAUAAUGAUAAUGAAAACUUCUGUGGCGGGAUGAACGUUCAAUGGAACACCUUCGGUGGAAAAUGUGGAGUUUGUGGUGAUAGGUAUGAUAAACCUCACCCGCAAGAUAAUGAGAACACAGGAAAAUACGGUAAAAUGGGGAUUGCCAGAACAUACAAGUCUGGUGAAAUUAUAGACGUCCAGAUACGUCUCACGACAAAUCAUUUGGGCUAUUUCCAAUACAGCAUAUGCGUACUGGAAAAUCCGAGUGCCCCAGAGAGUGGAGAAGAUUGCUUCAAACCAGUAACUUUGGAAGAUGGAAGUGAGCAUUAUAAUGUGUCUUCAGUAGAAAAAACGAUAAAUAACAGAGUGAAGCUACCUGAUGGUUUAACUUGCGAUCGAUGUGUCUUCAGAUGGCAUUACAAUGCAGGAAACAAUUGGGGAAAAUGCGAUGAUGGAACUUCAAAGGAAGGUUGUGGUCCACAAGAAACUUUCAGAUCAUGCGCUGACAUCCGAAUUGAGGCAUAAUAGAUAGCAUUUAAUAUCAAAGGAGUUAAAACUGUUGAUAGUGUAUAAAAAUAAAGAAUAAACGAAG